AUGAAGCUCUUCGAAUUUGUUCGCAACCUCGUCGAUCCUAUCCUGGCGAUUUUCAUUGCACGAAAUGUGGUCGUCACACCGUCAUCAUUCGCGGCAUCUGAAUUUGACGUCAUCAUUGUUGGAGGAGGCACGGCAGGUUUGGUGGUGGCGAACAGGCUCACUGCCCCGACAUCUACUUCAGCCAGACCUCUCCGCGUGGGAGUCAUCGAUGCAGGGCGGUAUGCACCUCUGGGAGAUCCACUCAUCGACAUUCCAUAUGGUGCCAAUAUCUUCACGCGUACCCCGGAAUCGUCGAUGGUGGGAAAUCCAGAGUACGACUGGAUGUAUCAGACUGUGCCCCAGCCUGCUCUGGAGGGUCAUGUAAUAGGCUAUCCACGCGGCAAGGUUCUCGGCGGGUCAUCCGCACUGCAUGCCAUGGCGUGGCAACGCGGUUCUCGUGCUGACUAUGACGUGUGGGGGUCGGCGUUCGGAAAUGGCGAUGAAUGGAACUUUGAUGGUCUGCUUCCUUACUUCCAACGCGCCGAAAAUUGGACGGCGCCGCCAACUGGUGCAGAUGCACUCCUUCCCGACACUGACACGAUUGAUCCACUCUUAGCUUCGGCAUACGGCAAGCACGGUCCGCUCCCUCUCAGCUAUAGUAGCUAUGUUACCGAUCUAGAUCGGCCUCUCACCGAGGCGAGCGUGAAGCUCGGAUUCCCGCUCAACGACAAUCCGGACGCAGGUAAUUCAAAUUAUAUUCCGCGACACGGCAUUGCUCGCACCCUGGAUCCUACCACAGGGAAACGUGGUUAUGCUGCCAGCGCUUACUUUGGACAGGGCGUCAGUUCGAGGAACAAUCUUGUGGUUUUGACGGGCGCUCUAGUCACUCGUAUUAUAUGGGAUAAUUCUACGCUCGGAACUAAAACAAUUCAGGCAAAGGGGGUUGAGUAUGUUGUGGGAGACGAGAGAUUUAUGGUGGAGGCAUCGAAAGAGGUUAUUUUGUGCGCAGGAUCCCUCAAGACGCCACAACUUCUAGAACUCUCUGGCGUCGGCAAGGCUUCCCUCUUGAAGCGUUUGGGAGUUCCUGUCAUACUUGACCUUCCUCAGGUCGGAGAGAAUCUCAUGGAUCAUCCCGUGAGCAUUUCCGAUUUCAAAGUCAAGAACGGCGUGGAGACACUCGAUUGGCUCGCCUUCAACCAGACCCACUUCCAGAAGCAUCAAGACCUUUACAACAAUUCUAGAACUGGAGCAUUCACGUAUACGCCGCGCAUCACCGGCGGUUGGCCUCUGAAAGACCUUAUCUUGGCAGAUGAAUACAAGAAGAUGCGCUCGGAGUUGGAUGUCACCUUAUCUAGAUUGACGACGACGCCACUCCAACGCGCGCAGUACGAAGCGCUCAAAAAGAUGGCCGACGGAGGCCACGUUGCGUGGUUCAUGCCAGCAGUCAUACCGAGAGGUGGUAUGAUCAGCGCACCAAAACCGGAAACAGGCUACGUCACCGUCAUUGGUUUCCAAUUGCAUGAGUUUGCGCGAGGAUCUGUGCACAUAAACAGUACAGAUCCCAUGGCGCCGCCGGUGAUCGAUAAUAAAUUUUUGUCUCUGCCGUGGGACCUCGAUGUGCAAACCCAUGGGAUGCAGUUUAUUCAAAGAUGGAUCCAAACAGAACCUGUGGCAAGCCUCAUUGAUGAGCUUGUCACACCACCUGCGAGUACACAGAGUCAUGAGGAGUGGACUGGGUGGAUUAAGAAGACAAUUUGGUCUAUGGCUCAUCCAAUGGGCUCGACGGCCAUGGCCUCUGAGCAUCUCGGAGGCGUUGUCAACCCCCGACUCAAAGUCUAUGGUAUCAAGAAUGUGCGAAUUGUCGAUGCAGGGAUCAUUCCCAUGACUAUCGGUGCGCCUAUUCAGUCCGUGGUGUACGCUCUAGCGGAAAAAGGUGCAGCGAUGAUUGCGGAAGAUCUGAACAUUAACGCUCGUGAGAUUCCUCUCAGAAAACAGGAACUCUGA